AUGAAAUAUUUUACCAGACUGAGAGUCAGGCGGCUUUAUGAGUGGCGUGGAGAGCCGCUGAGUUUCAACAGGAAGCUCAAAACCUACGAAUACGGCUCGUUGGCCAUCAGAGUGGAAGGCCUCCCGCGGACGGUUGUCAUUAAAGCCGGCCAGCACAUCCUCAUCGAGGGCGACGAUGAAGACAACCCGUAUGUGGCCAAAGUCAUGCGGCUGCUGGGUGACGAGAGCGGGGCCCAGAAGAAAGCGGUGGUUCAGUGGUUUGUCCGGGUGUCCGAAGUGCCUCUGGGCAAACUCAAGCUGCUGGGCAGAGUGCCCCACCCGCAGGAGAUCUUCUUGUAUCAGGGACGCAGCUGUGACGACGAGGUCAACGCCGAGUCCAUCCUCAGACCCGUGCAGGUGAAGCACCUGGACGCCGCCGCUCCGUUUCCUGACUCGGACGACAAGGAAACGCUCUACGUGAAGCUCUCCUGGGACUCCAAGGCCUUCGGGGUGGUGGACUCGGCCCUGGUGGAGUCUGGCUGUAAUUCUCCUCCCUGUUCCAAGCCCUCCCUGCCGCCAUCGCCCCCCCGCUCCCCGCCGGCGGCCGCCCCGGCCUCCAGAGGCCCCCCCCGCCGCGCCCUGCCCACGCCGGACCUCACUGUCAUGCGCCGGGCGGCGAUGGCCGAGGUGAGGUGCAGCAGGGUUAGCGUGAGCGCCGGGAAAGCCGCCGCCGAGGCCGAGUCGCUCCACUCGGCCACGAAACUGUCGGCGUCCAAAUGCCUCAGCGCCAAGAGGAGAGGCCUGAGCGCCAGGACGCCCGGCGUCCGCAAGAAGCUGCAGCUGAACAGCGAGUGUGAGCAGGCGUCGCCAGGCAGCCGCCCCGCUAACCCCCCGGAGACUAAAGAGGAGGCUCUGAACCGGCUGCUGGACGAGGAAAUGCAGGCAGUGGCCUCCUCCCCGCCUCGCUCCCCUACCCUCACCUACAGCCUCACCCCCUUGAGGAGGGCGGACAGGGCGCACGCCGCUCAGGACGCCAGCAGGUCAGAGGCGUUUGGCGUGCUGCUUCUUAAAGCCGCCACCCCCUCCAGGAGGAAGGACCCAAAACCCGUGAAGGAGCCGGCUCUGGGCGUCCUGGCCGAGGUGGACGAUGAGGGCUCCCCAGUUCUGCCGGUGGCCGCCACACCGAGGAGUUCCAGGAGGAAGUCGGCCUUAAAGGUGUCGUCUCGCAUCCGGAAGCAGCUGAGUCUUCUGGACGGCCAGCUGGACUCAGAUGGAGAAGACGAAGACGAGUUUGUUCCUUCCAAAAAGGAGUUGCAAAGCAGCAGCGAGGAGGAGGAGGAGGGCGAUGGGGAGGAGGAAGGCCUGGACAGCGAUGAGGACGUGGUGGCGAAGAGGAGCCGGGGAGCGGCGGGAUGUCGCACGCCACGGUCGAGCCGGAAAACCCGCCUCUCAAACAGAACGCCGAGGAAGACCCCGAGCAGGAAGAGCGCGCCGGGCACGCCGCGCACCCCCAGGAACGCCAUGCCCAGCAUCCCCAGCAGGGCGCUGCCGGCCCGGCAACCCGCCAAUGUGCUGGAGGAAGCCAGGACCAGGCUGCACGUGUCCUCGGUGCCAGAGUCCCUGCCCUGCAGGGAGCAGGAGUUCCAGGACAUCUACAGCUUUGUGGAGAGCAAGAUCAUUGACGGCACGGGGGGGUGCAUGUACAUCUCAGGUGUGCCGGGAACGGGAAAAACCGCCACCGUCCACGAGGUGAUGCGUUGCCUGCAGCACGCGGCAGACAUGGACGAGGUCCCCCCGUUUUGCUUCAUCGAGAUCAACGGGAUGAAGAUGACGGACCCCCACCAGGCCUAUGUCCAGAUCCUGCAGAAGCUGACGGGUCAAAAGGCUACGGCUGACCACGCCGCGGCGCUGCUGGAGAAGAGAUUCAGCAACCCCGCUCCCAGAAAGGAGACGAGAGUUCGGCUGGUGGACGGACUCGACCUGCUGUGGACCAGGAAGCAGAACGUGAUGUACAACCUGUUUGACUGGCCCACCCGCCGCCACGCCCGCCUAGUGGUGCUGACCAUCGCCAACACCAUGGACCUGCCGGAGAGGAUCAUGAUCAAUAGGGUGGCCAGCAGGCUGGGUCUGACCCGGAUGUCCUUCCAGCCGUACGGCUUCAAGCAGCUGCAGCAGAUCAUCACGUCGCGGCUGAACAGGCUGAAGGCCUUCGAGGAGGACGCCCUGCAGCUGGUGUCCAGGAAGGUGGCGGCCCUGUCCGGUGACGCUCGCCGGUGUUUGGACAUUUGUCGCCGGGCGACGGAGAUCUGCGAGCUGUCGGCCUCGGACCCCUCUGCCUUGGGAUUGGUGGGGAUGAGUCACGUGAUGGAGGCGCUGAACGAGAUGUUUUCCUCGGCCUACAUCAGCGCCAUCAAGUGUGCGUCCACGCAGGAGCAGCUGUUCCUGCGCGCCGUCAUCGCAGAGUUUCGCCGGCUCGGGUUGGAGGAGGCCACCUUCCAGCAGGUGUUUGUACAGCACCAGGCUCUGUGUCGGGUGGAGGGCCUGCCGCCCGUCAGCAUGUCGGAGGGGCUGAGUCUGUGUCAGCGUCUGGGCGCCUGCAGGCUGCUGCUGCUGGAGUCCAGCCGCCUGGGAAUCCUGCAGCGCGUCCGGCUGAACGUCAGCCAGGACGAUGUGCUGUUCGCCCUCAAGGCUGACUGA